AUUUUGUAAACAAAAACAACUCGCAAACAAACGCGCGAGUGCUCGUUUCGCUUAUUUGGCGAUAAGUUUCGUGCCAAAACUAUUGGAAAAAAUAUGGAAAUCAUGGUUGAAAAGUGUUUUAUCUGUGCGGAAGAGACAUUACAACCGUUCCGGAACCUGAUGCAACUGACGACCAAGUAUUCUGGCACGUUAAUCUACAAAGUGGUGGAACGCUUCCUGGGUGGCGAUCUGUCCGAUAGCGCUGCCAGUCUGAUAGCUUCCGUAAUCUGCCAGGAGUGCAUGGUAAAACUGAACGAUUACGAUGCGGCCCACACGAAGGCCAUCAUCAUCCAGAAGGAGUUUACAGACCUGCUGAAGAGGAACAUCACCUUCGUCGGAAACAAGUUGCAGUUGGAGGAACAGAUGUAUUUUAAGGUAGAAACCGACGGUUCCUACCUGGACGAUUUGGUGGAAAUGGACCAGAUAGUCGAAGAAACUAGCGAAGAAGAACCUCCACCGGAAAGUAGCAAGCCUCCUCCAAUGGCAGACGUGUUGGACAGAUCCGUAUCCAUGAAAUGCAAUACCUGUGGGGUCGGAUUUGGAUCCUUGUACGAAAUGCAACAGCAUUCACACAGGUCCCUGGCGGACACUAAAAGCGACGUUUGCCUGGAGUUUUUGGAUAAUGUUGAAGAAGUUUCAGAAAACGAGGUUGAAUACAUAAACGAGGAACGUUUAGACGAAGACGUCGAUAAAGACAAGUCUGAUGACGUAGAGUGCGAUGUCCAGAAAGAUGAAAAUGCUGAGGACACGGAGAACAAUGCCCAAGAAGAGUUGGUGCUCUCUGAUGCAGAAGAAGAGAUUCAUUUCGAGCAACUGGAUUAUCUUUCAGAAGUGGAAGAAGAUUUGGAUGCGAAAUCAAUCGGAAAGGUGAAAAUCACCUGUCGAGAAUGUGAGCUGGAGUUUGAUUCCGUAUUGAAGCUGAAGAACCACUUGAAAAAGAGCCAUCCAAAGGCAGAGGAAGAAUCUCCGUGGGUAUGUAAUAUAUGCGGCUUGAAAACGAAAACUAAACCAGCCCUCGCGGCUCACGAGGCGAAACACAGUCGGACGUCGAAGUUUGACUGCACAUUCUGCGGGAAGACGUUCCAGCAAAAAGGCGCAUUAGCUAGGCAUGUUCCCAUUCACACAGGAGAGAAGCCCUACCAGUGUGAUAAAUGUGGCAAACAGUUUAUCCACUAUUCGUCCUUCCAUAUGCACCAGCUUGCCCAUGGGAACAUACGAGAGAAAAAGUGUGAAAUUUGUGGAUUCCAACUUCGAUCUAGUUCGCACUUGCAGCGGCAUAUGAGGGUACAUUCUGGAGAAAAGCCUUUUGAAUGCCCGACAUGUGGACAAAAAUUCGCACAGAGGUAUAACAUGAUGACACAUUUGAAGGCCCACCAAGGCAUCUUCCGGGAGUACUCAAAGAUGUAUAAAUGUCCACUUUGUGCUGAAACUUUCCAACGAAAAUUAAAGCUACAAGAACAUCUUACACGGGACCACAAUACGGUAGUGGAUUCAACGUUGCUCAAACCAGUAGAUCGACCCAAAAAGUAUGUUCAAUUUUUUACUGCUUGAUAUCGUUAAACUUACAUACGGUUCAUCACUUUGUUGUCUGUAUUUUUAGUAUUAUGUUAUAGAAUUAAAACAAGCGCCAUUAAAAAA